AUGUUUCCUACCCGAUUCUUCCAGAUCCUCUUCCUCGUGGUCGCCAUUGGCCUAGCCACCGAGGCCUCGUUUAUCCGAGAAGGUGGAGAGGUGAUUCGCGAGCUGAUGGCACGCCAGAGUGGCAGCGAUAACAACAGUGCUGCUGCAAGCGAAACUGGUGGCGGCUCGAGUCCAUCCACUUCCGCGGCAUCCGUCCCUACCAGUGCCGCCCAAACAUCUUCUGCGAAGCAGGAGACCACUAGCAAGGAGAGCACGACCAGCAAGGCCGAAAGCACAUCCAGCCAGAACCAAGCUUCAUCGACUAGCCAGCCCGCGUCUACAACCUCCAGGAGCGAAGCAUCAACGAGCGCCCAGAGCUCGGCCGCUCAAACGACCAGUGCCGCCCAGACCAGCAGUGCCGCCCAGACCAGCAACGCCCAACAGACCACUUCCACCUCAGAGGAAGCCUCCAGGGCGACGACGAGUGCUGCUCAGUCUGACAGCAAGCAGACCACCUCUGCCAGCCCAGUCACUUCUACUUCGUAUCUUACCGUCACCUACACCAACUCUGAUGGUGCGCAGGUCGUCAGUACUAGUGCUUCCGUGACGACCACCACCCCUGAUCUCAACGACAGCGGUUCUUCUAGCUCAUCCGGUUUGAGCGACAACAACAAGAAGAUUAUCGGUGGUGUCGUUGGUGGUGUUGGUGGCGCCAUCCUCCUGGGUGCUCUCGCUCUCGUAGCCUGGAGGAUCCGUGCUCGCAAGAAGCUUGCCGAGGAGAACGACGGUCUCAUGGAAUACAACGGCGGCUACACUCCUGUCGACAAGGUCGAGCCUAGUUCCGCCGGCCUCCCUCCCACACAGUCUGGACGAUCCCCCUUCCAGUCCACGCUUGAGAACUAUCACCAGCCUUCCCAACCAGUCAACGCGUCUUCCAACUUCUAA